GCGAGUCCACUGAAGUUUAGUGGCCCAACCCCAGGCUCUCCAGCCCAGGGAUUCCGAUACAUGCCCUGUCCAUUGUCCACUGUCCACGAAGCCGGGGCGUCAAAGUUUCACAAUGUUCCAAGGAAAAAAAGGGUUCUCCAUGGAAUAACAACAAAAGAAGAAGAAAAAACACCCAUGCUUUUUGGUACUCGAAACUGGAACCUUCCCUCCUUCUUGUUCACCCCCCACUCCCCUCCCCUCCCACUCUGUACAUAUCCCUUUAAGGUAGUCGCGGCGCAUGCAUCCAUCUCAUCGUCCUUGAACGGGUGCCUUCCCUUUCGUCGUCGCAAGCAGUGGAAAGAGCGGCACUUGGAAGCCACCAACUGCAUAUGCAACUGCAACUGCAACAACGGGAAAGUGCGAGUCCAACGAUAAGGAAUUACACUUCAUUGGCUUGACUCCCCCGCCUUCACCUGGCACUUAGUGUCUUCUACUGUUUUCCCUCCUCCAACCUCACUCACUUCCAUUCUUUUCUCUUUCCAUCUUAUCUUUAUUCACAAUAGCCUGACGCUUCUGUAAGCGUUUAAUAAACGGCUUGUGCAAUACUUAUAUUCUGUCCCCCGCAUUCCCCUCGUUUCUACCCAUCUGCGCCUUAUUUAUUAUACGCUUUCAUCGCGACUUGUUGCGCAGUCUCUCAUUUCAACCCUUCAUCCAUUCUUUGGUGGGCUCGUUUAGCGGAUUUGAGACUUCCCCGUUUUAGCCUUUUGCUGCUGAUUCAGAACCACCCACGGAUCCCACUGCGCCACCAGAGUUGCCCUGACGAAACGCUCCUAGUCUCUCGACUCUACUUUACGCUUUCAGCGCCCAGCCUGACCUCAAACCGGCCUCCCCCGUUUGGGCGUCGACAAGACGAAUCUCCCGCGCUGGGAUUGACUUUACUUUUACCAUUGAUUUAUUCUUUGGUAACUUCACAACACAACCAUUCAGCGGUGGCCAUGUCACAUCUGCCAUCAGCCGCCGACACGAUGCGCCGCCUCUCCCACGACCUCGCGGAGCCGCCGCGCAAUAUCGAGGAGUCCAACGGUGCGCCCUCGGACCACGAAAUGGAAGAUACACUAGAUCUCUCCAUGCCUCCUCCCGAUGAGGAAGACGAUGUCCUAGAUGACGACUCGAGAAUUUAUACACCACCUCCCCACAUUGCCGCUCGCUUCUAUCGCCCAACGCAGGCUCGUCGCAGAGAUUCGGCUGCCUCGUCGCGCCGCAACUCAAUCUCGUCUGCCCACUCGCGAUGCUCUUCUAUUCAACCAUCAAGUCACCGUGGAGGUGAACAGAGCAAGCAUGUCGCUCAACAUCUUCGCCGCGCCUCUUUUCUUGAGGACCGCAGGGCGCGACUUGCCGAUCGAGCGGCGCAUGCCGAAAAGGUUCGCCUUCGAGCGGCCCUGGCUAAAGCGACUCAUCGAGAUACUUCACUAUCGGAGGAGCGAGCCAUAGCGGCACAGCAGGCCAGGGAGCGCAAUUUGGCAGAGAUUGUCGCCAAUUGUGCGGACGAGGUUAAGAAGGCAAAGCAGGUUGCCGAAUUUAUGAAGGAGAAGCGAGAGCAGGACAUUUCCCGAUUGAAGGCUCAGAUCGAGGAGCGAAUGGCUGAGGCAGAAAGACGAAGGGAGGAACUACGUACCAAGAACGCGUCUAAGCGGAGUCGCGGGCAGAGUAUUAUGGCCAGGAAGCCCACAGACCCCAUGCCCGAUGUUGAGCAAGAGAGACGCAAGCCCACCGAAGAGGAAGCCGCAAGAAGCAUCCAGUGGUGGUGGCGUGGCUGCCUCCGAAAGAGAGCCAUCUCCGAGUUCAACAACCUCGGCUUGACUGUGGAUGGCAUCAGAGAUACACACUUCGAUACUGUCGUUGAGCUCCUGGCCCAGGAGCGGGUCCUUGUUAUUACGGCACAGUUGCUUAGACUAUGUGGUCUCGAGGAGGGUGAAACUGGUUCGGUUGGCGAGAUGACAGCUGUUCGCACGUUUCUCAGUGCCUUCUUGAUCCUUGGUCAUCCCAAUCAAGUUCUCAGCAACAAGAACGACAAUGGCGACGAAGACGUCGAUGUACUCACUUCUCACCGACUGCCCUCUACGGAUCUUGCCAAUCCUCAAUUGCAGGACUUGGUAGGCAAGGCGCGAGACUUGCUCAUUUCUUUUGAGAAUAUCCUGUCUCGCUUGACAUCCGCCAACAAGUACACCAUGCCACCUGCACUCAAGAAGACUCUUCCUGAGGCGUAUGCCACUUUCUACAAUGCUUUCAUCGCCUGGAAAUCCCGAGAUUCUAAUGCCUUGAUUGAGGUUAUGCUCAUGCAGUUUGUUGAGCUUGACGCAAUCUAUCACACCGUCAAGGACACAACUGACGAUGCUGCCACGGCUCUUUACAAGAAGAGCAUCCAAGACAACCAGUUGAUGCUCAUAGUGCGGAUCAAGAAACUAGCAGGUGCAGAAAAGGGCAAAAAGAUGAUAUUUGACGCGGUUGCCGAAGCCCGCAAAGCUCGCUCUACCAAGAAGAAGAUCGGAGACACAAAGCCCCGUGUGGCUGAGAACGCACCCGGAGAAGCAUCUGAGGCAGCCAACAGUCUGGUCUCAUCCGAGUCGCAAACACUGACUCCUCCUGCAACACCGGCCAGCAAAGCCCAGGAGAAGGCUCCUGCGCCCAAGACCGGCCUCAAUGGUCUGUUGCCUAAUAACAGGAUUGUGGUGCAUGAGUUGGCUAUCAACAAGGAAUAUCAGCUCUCGCCUGACGAAUACAGAGAACAGCAAUCAGAACGUUCGAAAUUUAUAUAUAUGCAGAUGCGGACCACUAUGAGAGAUGACGAUAGUGGGAUCAAUUUCCAGGUUUUUGCUCUUAUCGCAAGCUACAUUAAGGAAAGGCUCCAGCGUUUGCUCAAGCCGGGCAACUCCAUGUAUAACCUGAUCGGUGAAAUUCUAGACCCCGAGAUGGCAGAGCGGCAAUUCGCCCUCGGCAACUUCUCAUAUGAGAAGUUCUUUACUGCCAUGUCGUCACUUCUGCCCAAACUCUGUGCCCCUUUUCGCGAUGAAGAGGUUCAGGACUUGAUCCAGAACAAACUGGCAGACGGCGACAUUAUCGAUCGAGUUGAAGCCCUCAACGGGUUCAUUGAUGUGAUGCUCUGCGACUACAUCAACUAUCUUUUGCGAAGUGCUGCACCUCAGCUUAUCCAAUCCGCGGCGCCAUAUGAGGCUAAGAGGUUCGCCGAGGAUGUUGAGAAAGGUCAGCUUGGCCUUGCAGCAGCUGAGGCGACAUGGAAGGCUUCCCGAGCAAAGGUUCUUGCAGAAGUUCAGAAGAGGGACCCAGAGGGAAUCAACCAUCCGAGGUCGCGACCGAAUGCUGGAAAGUUCUAUGCACAGAUGCUCGUAGACAUCUUUACCAGGAUCUCUCCCCCACCCAUUGAGGAGGUUCCAGAGAUGCUUCGACUAGAUUACAAUCGCAUCGGCCAAGUCUCUACCACUAUUCAGCGAGUCAUUACCGCCGGCGCUGUUCUGUUGCAGUGCAAAAACCUCCUGAAGCGGGAUGUUCGGUCUUCGUGGAAGAUGGAAGCAUCACGCAUCAUGGCGGUUCUCGAGGCGGGUCAUCCUCUCCAAGCUACUGUGGACGGCGUCAUGGCUGCCCUCGAAUCUGGAAGAUCGAUGCCGACGGCGACCAAGAGCCACCUCCGCGCUCUUGUUACUAAGGUUCUGACUGCCAGUCAAGACAUGGCACAGAACGGAAACGAGCCUAGAGAACCUGUCUUGCGACUUUUGCUCACCCGUCUUCGUAGCAACAUUCUUGCCCGCCUCGCUGCUGGAUCAGCAAGUGAGAAGGUCAAGGCGGCCAACACGGCUGGCGAGAAGCUAGCCAGUCUCGGACUCUCUGAGUUUGUUGAUCGAGUUAGAGAGAUAUCGAACUUACUAGAGAAGAUUGGAACGGUUGACAGAGCAGCCCAUGGGCCUUGGUGGGAUGCCGUAGCAACAAAGGUUGAGCAAGAAGAGAUGUCGGCUUAGAUGUAAUGGGUUGGAUUGUUUUGAUAGGGAUUAUGCAUGAUGAGCAACAAGGAUGCAUGGUAUUUGGAGGUUAGCAUUUGAUCUUUUCAAUCAGGCAGGAAUGGGUUUGCUUUUACUGGGAAGCGCUUUUGAACUUGGGUUGCAUGGCGUACUGGUGUGGAAAGCCAAUAUGGCUCACUUGGUGGGAUUGGAUCAAGCUUGCCCCUUCAAAGAAGUGUGGCAGUGUUGAUGGGUAGCUUAUGGGAUCGGCAAAUUGCUUUUUCGCUGGAAUAAUGGAUAGAAUGUCAUUUCAACUGAGCGCUAGAAGCAUAAACUAUAUCUGAUUUCUGAAUUGAAUCACGAGAAAGCAACAGCAAGCAUUCUGACAACUGGACUUGUG